GGGUCAGAAUCAAAUUCCUUUGUCCACACUUUCUCUGCAUAGGGCAUAGUUGCAGCCGUCAUGUGAUAACGGUGAAAAAAAACUCUACUUUCACAUUCCCUUUCCAUUACAGUUGAUCUUAUGCUUACUAAGUAGUGAAUAUAAGAACAUAUCCUAUUGUACAUUACAUAUGGAAAGUUAAAGUAUUACGUAUAUUUCUUUUGUGUAUAUUUGUUACGCCAAAAAAAAAAAAAAAAAAUCUUAUUUGUCUCCUAACAGAUGCGGUUGCAGUUGGUUCUAUGUGCUGUUGCUUGCUGCUUGCUUCCGUCAUGCACUGCUCAGCUCAUCCAAGGUCUGACAGCUGCUGGCAUCGGUGGCCCAGUCGCCGUGGGAUCUCUCUUUACUCUCAAUACGGCUAUGAUCAUCGCCCUCAUAUUAUCGUUCGGAGGAACAAAGAAGAAACUGCGACGCAAGAUCGGCAGACCCAUCCUCGUGCCGUACCACCGUAGCAGCUACACUUCCUACCGGAUGUCGAAGUCGGUCUCCGGGCCCACCGCAGACUCCCUCGAGGAUGAAGAAGAGCUCCUCCUUUCCGCCAUCGAGGAGCUGGACACCUUAGGAUGCGUCCCGAAGAUGCUGUGUCAUCUCCAGACCAAGAGUCGAGACCAGUGGAACGCUGAGGAAGCGGCGCUCGUCGACACCUUCAGCAGCACGACCAACGCUGCCUUCCUGUUUGCCCUCGACCUCGGGAGCAGAGUGCACAAUCCCAUCGCUUGUGAUCGCGCGUAUCCUAAAUGCACCUUGCAGGAUACUGACCUCAGGGCCUCCUUGCAGACGGCUGGGCAAUGUAGCUCUUUCCUCGAAGCAAUGCCCUAAUUGGCAAUCCUGAUUAUUAAUGGCAUUAAGCUGUUUUUUUUCUGGUUCUUAAGCCUACCGUGAUGAUCAAUAUGUAUGGUAAGAGUCCAGCACAAGAAGGAGGCCAUGAGUACAAUGUUUUCUCUGUUAUGU